AUGGUGCUGGCUUCUGCUCAGUGCUGGUUAGGAUCUCAUGGCAGGUGGUAUCACAGCGGUGGAAGCACAGUAGAAGAAAUACAUGAAACAGAAAACCAGAAGAAUUCAGGAGACAGUGUUGUCACGCACCCCUACAAAGACAUCCUAGUCUCCUGCAGUGAGGAUCGCCUCUGGAAGGUGGUGGGCCUCCCAAAAGGCAACAUGCUUCUCACAGGAUCUGGUCACACUGACUGGCUUUCAGACUGCUGCUUUGAUCCCAGUGGUAACAAGUUGGCUACUGCAAGUGGUGACACUACAGUUAAGUUAUGGGACCUCUCGAAAGGUGAUUGCAUUUUGACCCUUGAAGGACACAACCAUGCAGUAUGGUCUUGCACAUGGCACUCCUGUGGCAGUUUUGUGGCUUCUGCCUCACUGGAUAUGACUAGCAAAAUCUGGGAUGUUAAUAGUGAAAGAUGCAGAUUUACACUGUAUGGUCAUACAGAUUCUGUGAACAGCAUUGAAUUUUUUCCUUUCUCCAACACUCUUCUCACUGGCUCUGCAGACAAGACUUUGUCUGUAUGGGAUGCGCGAACG